GCUCAACCUGCAUUUGCGGGUGAUUAGAGCUGCAUUACUACUAGCUUGUUAGCUUUUGCCACAUUGUCAGUACUGCUGUAUAGGCAUACGAGAAGGGUGCAAACUGGUUCGGGUUCAAAUGGAAAGCGGACUAAGCAAUUGAUUUCAUGGCAACAAGGGACCACCAUUAAAACGACCUGAUACAAAUUUACAGAGUGUAGGUAACUGCUGUGAUCCGCCGAGAAUAGUAACGUUACAGCUGUUGAGAAUAUUAGCUGAAACAGUGACCUUAUUCGUCUCUUGCAUUUAUCCCCUAAUACAUGGCUUAAAAGAUGGGGAAUGGAUUAUCAGAACAACACACUAUUUUCCCAAGCCUCCCAUCCUUCCAGUCUCUCCACAUUGCUAUACUUGGUCUGGAUUGUGCUGGGAAAACCACUGUAUUGUACAGACUACAGUUCAAUGAGUUUGUUAACACCGUGCCCACCAAGGGAUUUAAUACAGAGAAGAUCAAAGUGACUCUGGGCUGUUCCAGGACGGUGACUUUUCAUUUCUGGGAUGUCGGGGGGCAGGAGAAGCUGAGGCCCCUCUGGAAGUCAUACACGCGGUGCACGGAUGGGAUCAUCUUCGUAGUGGACUCUGUGGACGCUGAGAGGAUGGAGGAGGCCAAGACGGAGCUGCACAAAAUUGCGCGGCUCUCCGAGAACCAAGGCGUGCCCGUCCUGGUAGUGGCCAACAAGCAGGACCUGAGGAACUCGCUGGCGUUGGGCGAGAUCGAGAAGCUGCUGGCACUGCGCGAGCUGGGCUCGGCCUCGCCCUGGCACCUGCAGCCGGCGUGUGCCAUCAUCGGAGAUGGUCUGAAAGAGGGGCUGGAGAGACUGCAUGACAUGAUUCUCAAACGCAGAAAGAUGCUUAGGCAACAGAAAAAGAAGAGAUGACUCUCACUGUCUUGAGAGACAGUUGUGACUUGCACUGGGGGUGAGGGGGGAUGCAGUAUUUCCGCACCUGUUGGAUCCAGGUGUACUGUGGCCAACAUGUCAGUUAUCAGCUGAGUUUUAUCAGUUAGAGUCACUUCAGACAUCUGUGGGUCCUCAGACAACAGUGACUUGUUGCCCUCUUGAACUGCUGAGAGCAUUAGUCUUAUGAGAGUUCCAAAAGACUGACCUUUUAUGUUGGAUCAGUUUAAACGUUUACACUCCUAUUGAUAAGCAGAGCACUGGCAGUGAACGGUUUAGGGCCUUUUUGAAGGAAUAGAGAAAAGUGAUUUUUCUACAUUUUAUAUAUUUAUAUACAUUUAUAAAGGCUGUAUCUUGUAGGUCAGAAUAAGGAUAUCUUGUAUUUGAUGACUGAAUUUUCAGCAACUACUGAAGCUUGGAUUCCAAGUGUGCAAAAUGGUCACCAAGGUUUUGUUUACGUAUGGAUAUUGAAAAUCUGGUUUCUAACACAGUACCCAUCUUUUUAAAUUCCAGUUGUACUUUUAUAGGGUGGUGGUGGCAAACUUCACUUUGUUGUCCGACCAAAAGUCCAUGGAUAAUUAUUGUAAUAAGAUGAAUGAAUCACAGCUGUUAAUGUAUAGGCCUAUGUGUAUGGUUUUUUAGAAGAAGAAAAAAAAACAUUUUAAUGACGGAAGAAAACUAGUCACUAGAUGUUGAUAAAAUGUUAUUUGGGGAGAGUUUUGUUUGGGUGUUGAAAAUGAGCUCUGAUGAGUGUACCAAAUGAAAUCUCUGGCAAUUUGUUGGCUUUGAAUUCUGUAGUAGGUCCCAGGAGAGAUUCCCUGUCUUAAAUUUUGAGUUCUGUCUGUCCACAGUAUGCUUUUGUAUCCUGCAGACAUACAAAUGCACUUUAGUUUUCUUCUUUGUACUCAAAUUAUUAUGAAAGGUUUUUGCUUCAGAUGAAGCCUGUUAUACACUGCAGACACAAUGGUUCCUUGGUCAAUGAAUGAGUUUUGUUCAUGUUUGAGUGAAAAGAAUUUGUUCAUCUUGAAUAAAGACAAACCUGUAUACACUAA